CUUACGCUAUGGUCGAGACCAUAAGCCGGGAGGAUCCACCAAACUGGUAUUGCUGCGCCCCCAAGGAAGAAGACCGCAUUUGCCAUCAUUUCCCGGGGAAGCAGUUCACCAUGUAUGAAUUUGCUUUCCGUGAGGCGGGGAUUAGACUGCCCUUCAACUCCUUCCAGAUGUCGGUCUUCAAGUGGCUCCGGCUGGCGCCGUCCCAACUACAUCCUAAUGCUCUCGCAUUUAUGCGGGCAUUCGAGUUAGUUUGCCAGUUCCUCGGCAUUGGUUGCACCCGGGCUCUCUUCUUCCACGUUUUCCAUCUCCAGAGGUCCGGUUCCCGUGGUCGCCACAGUUGGGUUUCUUUCAAGCAGCCCGUGCGUCUGUUCAAGACGUACGAGGAUUCUGUUCGCCAUUUCAAAAACCGGUGGUACGUGGUGAUGCCGAUUACCCGGGCUGCCCUUCACUCUCUAUACUACUAUCAGCGGACACCCAAUGGGGAGGAGACGCUGAUGUCGAAGAUACCGCUGAGGUGGCAGCGUGAUCAUUUCGAUCUCUCCACGGCGCAUUACCGAGUCAAGUAUGCGAUGCUCGGCGAGGAGGAUAGGCUCGCGUACAAGAAGCUGGUCGAUUACGUGCAGAGCUUCAGCUUGGGGUUCUGGGCGAAUCGACAGGGCGUGCCCUACCUGGAUGAGGCCGGGGAACUAAUCACCGAGGCGCGUUAUAUCAAUACGAAGGCUCUGCUCGAGUGUGAUACCGAGGAGGAAGCUCUGGCGUUAUUGAGUGCCAUGCCCAAUGCUCGUGAUCGGGUGCUGAAGCUAGCGAAUCAGGUCGGCGCUCCUGACCGGGUGCCCAAGAAGAAGAAGAAAACUGUGGCCCGUCCCUUGGAGACUGCUGGCGAUGCCGGGGCUAGUCCCUCGCAGGCGGCGAGCGUGAUUCCUUCCUCUCCUCCUUGAUCUAACCCGAUCAACAUUCCUGA